GUGACGUCCUACGUGACGCGUCGCCAUCAUCAAAACAUGGCGGAUGAAGACAACACAAACAUGGAAGUCGAUGAGGAAAAGAAGAAACCUUUCGCUGCUAACGCGGUUAACCCGCUCGUUGACGAGGUCACCAAGCGAAUAGGCAACCACAACAAUGUGGAGAGCGAGAAAGACGCCACGACGGAGUACUGCGUGAAGCUGCAGGGCUGGAUGUGGCAGUACUACUCCGGAUAUGUCAGCUGGCAGAGCUGGAUGGCAGCGUCAGCCAUGUCCUGCCCGUAUUACCUACAGUCAGACGACGGGACGACGUCCACACCGCUUGAUAUCAACUCACAGAACUGGUAUAACGGCCCGUUUGGUCUCCCGCUGUCGCCGUACCCACCUGCCGUCACCUCCAGGGCGGCAGGUGAGGCGGCUGGAGGAGCAGCAGCAGCCGCUCAGCAGCAGCAGCAGCAGCAGGAUGGAAACGCUCAGAGACCAGGUCGGGAGUAUAGCAUUCCUUCACCUCUCCAAAGACUUUUGGCUGAGAUGGUGGAUUUCUUCAUACUGUUUUUCAUCAAAGCAACCAUAAUCAUCAGUAUUAUGCAUCUGAGUGGAAUCAAGGAUGUUUCCAAGUUCGCCAUGCAUUUUAUAGUGGAGGAAAUAGAUGAGGACACAUCGAUGGAGGAGCUACAGAAAAUGAUGCUUGUUGCACUUGUGUACCGGAUAUUAGUAUGUUUUUAUGAGAUUGUGUGCAUUUGGGGAGCAGGAGGAGCCACUCCAGGGAAGUUUCUCGUUGGACUCAGAGUUGUUACAUGUGACUCAUCAGUUCUGGUUCAGCCCAACAGGGUGCUUGUAGUGCCAGCAACUAAUGUCUCUCUGUCUGCAUCAACUGUCCGAGCCUUGAACAAGAACUUUUCAAUCGCCUUCUUUUUCCCGGCUUUCAUCACGCUACUGUUCUUCCAGCACAACAGGACUGUGUAUGAUAUGGUAGCUGGUACAAUUGUUGUCAAGCGCUCCAGGAUCAGAUGACGCAGAAGAACCCCGAAGAGAGUCCUACACUAAUAUUGAGCAGGCACUGUGUGUGUGUUUUUUUAAAAAUGCUUGCAGAACUCGGACAUCCGCAUUUCAAAGGUAUCGUCAGAACACGCAGGAGCAUUAAGAUGGUUGCAGAGAGUUUGAUGCACAUCAGUAUGAACAAUUUCAGUUCCCUACUGAUUGGGUUUGUCUCGGACACAUACUGUAUUUCUGCAUGUAUUUCUACAUGCUGCUUUCAGAUACUGUUCCUGUGCCAAAUCCUUUUGAAGACAGGAAUAAUGACGGUAUAUGCCACCUUUUCAUUAACACAACAUUUGCCUCUUUUUAAAUACUAAUCUUCCAGAUUAAGGGUGAAUGUCUCGUGUCACUCAGUAUUGAAGUUGCUAGUCAUGCAUUCAUGAGAUUAUACCUUCAGUAUCUCUUUGUAUUACAAUUUUGUCUUAAGAGUUGUUUUACUCAGACUUUUCAAUUCUGAGGUUGUCGACCUUCACCACUGCAGGAGUGAUGCCUCGUGACCGGUGGUUCUAAGGCACAUUUAAAUGUAUCGAAAAGGAAAUGUAAACCUGAUCACAAUUGAUCUUCCUUUUACUCUUACAGCAUGUGUGUAACUGAAAAGUUAACGUUAUGUAUGACACAUUUUAUGUGAUUAACUGUUUUUUGCAUUCAAGGAGAUUAAAUGAAACCACCACUAUUUCCCUGCA